AUGUCAAUAAGUUCAUCGAAUGAAACUUCACUUCUUUAUUCAAACAUGUUCAAUAAUAGUAUUUUAUCAUCGUUUUUUAUUCAAUCCUUAAUUACAUCCAAACAAAAUCCAAUUCAUCAAGAAUCUAGUUUGAGUGCCGAUGAAGAAAGUGUAGGUCAUAACAAUAAACAAAGACGAACAAGAACUAAUUUUACAAGUUCACAAAUUGAUGAACUUGAGAGAGCUUUUCAAGAUGGUCACUAUCCAGAUGUAUAUAUGCGAGAAGCAUUAGCUAUUAAAUUAGAUUUAAUUGAAUCGCGUGUACAAGUUUGGUUUCAAAAUCGACGAGCUAAAUGGCGAAAAAUGGAAAAUACAAAAAAAAAUCCUGGCCGUCCAGCACAUAAUGCGCAUCCACGAACAUGUUCAGGUUUUCCUAUUUCACAAGAAGAAUUAGAAAAAAAACGUUUACAAAUUGAAGAAAGAAAACGACAAAAACAUAUGAAAAAUUUUAAGUCAUUAAGAAGUGACGGAAAUUCUUCGUCAUCAUCAAUGUCUCCUGAAAUAAUAAAUAAAUCGUCGUAUUCAAUUGAACGAAUUCUAUAUCAAUUACCAAAAUGA